AUGGAUAGCAGGUGGAGAAAGAGUGAACUGUCUUCAAGUGCUUCCCAAUACCUUCAAGUGAAAUCUUACUAUGUUAUUUCCAAUGGUUCCAUUGAAUUCACGCCUGCAACAUUUACCCUUGUCGGUAUCCCAGGACUGGAAGCAGAGCACAUCUGGAUAUCUAUCCCUUUCUGCCUGAUGUACAUCAUCAUCUUCAUAGGAAAUGGCAUCAUUCUACAUAUCAUCCGGAUUGACCCUGUGUUGCAUCAGCCCAUGUACUUUUUUCUGGCCAUGCUGGCCUUUGUUGAACUUGGGGUCUGUGCUUCCACCAUACCUACAGUGCUAGGCAUUUUUCUCUUUGGCAUUCAUGAUAUCAGCUUUGGUAGUUGUCUGCUCCAGAUGUUUUCCAUGCACUCUUUUACCCUUAUGGAAUCAGGUGUCCUUCUGGCUAUGUCUGUAGACCGCUUUGUGGCCAUUUACAGCCCACUGCGGUACACAACCAUCCUGACAAUUCCCCGCAUCACUGGGAUGGGUGCCACCAUUGCCUUGCGAAGUGUGAUGCUCAUGUUACCACUGCUCUUUCUCCUGAAGGGUCUGCCUUUCUGUGGUCGCAACACCCUCACACACUCUUACUGCCUCCACUCAGAUCUGAUCAAAUUGCCCUGUGCAGACACCCGCCCCAAUAGCAUCCUGGGUCUGUUUGUUGUUAUCUCCACAUUUGGGUUGGACUCACUGCUCAUCGUAGUUUCUUAUAUGCUGAUUCUUCACACAGUACUGGGAAUAGCUUCUGGGGCAGGGCGGUGGAGGGCACUCAACACAUGUGUGUCACAUAUCUGUGCUGUGCUUGUGUACUAUGUUCCCAUGAUCAGCCUCUCUUUGUUGCACCGCUUUGGACAGCAUUUACCUCCACUCCUGCAGACUAUCAUGGCCAAUGCAUACCUCUUCUUCCCACCUAUGGUCAAUCCCAUUGUCUAUAGCAUCAAAACCAAAGAAAUUCGCAAUAUCAUUGUUCGUACACUGUCUAGAAAGAGGAAUGAGGUCUAA